UAGUUUGAUGCUAUUCAAUUGUUCAGUCUGGAAAUGAGCAAAGGAUGGCUGCUGCCUGCUGCUCUCUCCUCCGUUCCUCCUCCCUUUUCUCGUCUGUUAAUUCCAAUCCCAGCUUUCAUAUAAACAUCAAUAACCAGAUUCAAUCACUUCCACCACCAAUUUCCAAAAGAAAACUCAAUAAUAGUACAAGGCUCGCUCCAUCAUCAGCAACAACAGAGAAGAUGGAGGGCAAAGAGGCAGCAGCAGAAGCAUCAGGACAAGAACAGAUCCAUCAAAUGAAGCUUCUCUUUGUUGAGAUGGGCGUCGGAUACGAUCAACAUGGACAAGAUAUUACUGUUGCGGCUAUGCGAGCAUGCAAAGGUGCCAUCUCUUCAAAUUCUAUCCCAGCUUUUCGAAGAGGGUCCAUACCUGGUGUUUCUUAUGAGAACAUGAAACUCCAGAUCAAGCUAGGUGUUCCUCGGUCUACUCAGCAACUCCUUGACGUUGAGAGGGUGAAGUCAGUCUUUCCAUAUGGCCAGAUUGUUAGUUUUGAAGUGAUGGACGGAGGAAUGAUAUGCUCAAGUGGCGUAUGUUUGGAGGCGAUGGGAGAUAAAAAUGACGACUGCUACGUGGUUAAUGCUGCAGUGUAUGUUGGUUAUUGAUCCCCUUUUGUGAACCUUCAGUGAAAACUGUUCUCUCAGAUUCUUGUAGAGUUGUUUGGUACCAUUUCAUUACAAACUUCCUGUGAGCUAAUUUUUUUUGGUAGCUAAGCUUAUCUGAUUAAUGGUUAAGCAAUUCCUGCAGAUAAUUGCCAUUA